UUCAAACGUCAACAUUACAAUACUGUCAAGUUAAUAUUCCGCGUAGUCGUGCACGUGUUCCUCCUCGGCUAAUUUUAACUAUAAAAGUAUUACACUGUUAAAUAUAGGGAAGUGCUUGAAUAUACUUAAAUACCAAUUCAAUACACUUUAGUUUGCGUUCGUAGAGUGUAUACAUUACAAUGUAAAAUUAGCAAAAAGCGAUGUCCAAAGAAGGUUAUAGCCCAGAAAAAAAAGAAGGUGAUAACAAGGUAGUUUUGGAGAGAUUGCAAAACUACUUGAAAGACAAGAGGACUUCCGAGGCGUCAGACCCGAGUCUCGGGUUCAACAAGCCGAGUACCAGCUACGACCAGUCACCGCAAAGUCAGACAACACUUGAAGACAGCAGCAACAUAUUGCGUGAAGUUUUGAACCACAAGAAGGCAGAAUUGCUGCGUCAGCCGGAGAUAGUAGAAUAUUUAAAGUCAAUAUCGUCGGAUCUCAAGAAAUAAAGAUGUCGGGUACUCCGAAGAGCGUCGCAUCUUUGAUGCAAAAGACCCUUAAGCGGCAGUCAGAUUUAGCGCGGAUGAGGCUGCGCUUUACAAAGAAUCAAGUAGAACAAAUACUGUUGAGUUGUGUUAGAAAUAAAAACACUGGACCUUACCUAGAAUUGAUAAAAGUUUUAAAAGAAUAUCCUUUGAAUGAGGACAACUUUAGGAUAGUGUUUGAUGACAGCCUAUCGUGCGUGGUGUUGUUAGGGCGGGAGAUGACUGAGUAUGUGAACGUAGUGUGUAACAUUGAGUGGUUGGACAGGAGUGAGGAGUUGGUGGACCUGUACAGGACGUUUGUGCUGAACCUGGUCACAGCACACACCUACCACUGCCCUGUAGUCAUGAUGCGACUAGUCACGCUGUUUAAAGAAGAUGGAGAAAACUGGGAAGAUAGACCGCCUAAUGAACUUCUUGUUAAAUGGUCACAUAUACAUGAUAUUAUAGGACGUAUAGUCGCCAUAAUGCCUAUGACUAGCGAUCUACUAAUGCACAUAAUGAUAGACCAGUUCCCGUACUACAAAGCAGGGUGCUACAUAAACAGAGCAUACAUCUACAACUUAAUAUGGAUGAGCAAGUACCUUCCUUCCCUCAGAGAACAAGUCAUGACUGCAGUUAUUAAUAAAAUGAUAAGUAUGGACGUGAAUAUAGCAGAAAAUGAAAAAACUAAAUCAGACACAAUGUUUGACAUGGACGUAGAUUGUCAGGAUGAAGUAUCAAUUACCCUGGAUUAUUGUAUGCUGGAGGUCCUCAAAUGGCUAGAGGAUGAAAGGGAACCCAUCAUGAACAUCUUAUGCACUGUCUUCGAAAGGAUUAUCUUACCCACAUAUAGCAUAAGGCACGUCCAGUUCCUGCUUCUAUACACAAUAUCGAUUAACCAGCAAUGUGCCGACCGUGUGCUCGACAACCUUUGGACCAUCGCAGCUGGUCUCCAAGGCAUGGGACCAGGGGCCCUUACCACAAGGAAAACAGCCGCCAGUCACUUAGCGGGACUACUCGCUCGUUGUGUACGAGUCCCUAACACAAGACUUAUUAAGUAUUUAAAGAGUAUGGCGGAGUGGUGUCACUCAUACAUCUCCGCCACGCAGGAGUCAACGGCAGCGUGCGACAAUACCAAAGCCCACGGCGCAUUCCACGCUAUUUGCCACGCGAUUUUCUACCUUGUCGCCUUCAAACAUCAUUUGCUGUUUAUGAAUAAAGAGAAUGUUAACUUCGUGGAAUCAUUAAACCUGCCACGAUUGGUGACGUGUGCGCUGAAUCCACUUCGCACGUGCCCCCCUCAAGUGACGAGGGCGUUCUCUUCCAUCACGAGGUCUCACCAGGUGGUGUACUGCCAGGGCAUCAUUGAAAAGAAUGCGCGACACACGCUGCAGUCGACCGCUGUGCAACAAUACGACGAGUGGUUCCCCUACGAUCCAUAUAAUUUGCCUAUAUCCGGUAAAAUAAUAUGGCCGCUAUGUAUAGACUAUAAGGACUGGCUGAAAGAAGGUGAUGAUGAGACCCAGUACUCAUCAAUGAAGAGGAAAUUAGAAGAAGACGAUGAUUAUUUAGUCAUGGCCAGCCCCACACAAAGGCUAGCUACCUCAUUGUCCCACGGCAUCUCACCGGGUUUCCGAACCAGUGAGAAUAUAUUUAUAUAGAUAUUAUAGUGAAUAAUACGGCAUUACGUGCCGUAAUGUGCACCUCUGCCUACCCCAUUGGAGAUAAAGGCGAAUCCACAACACUGCGUUGCGGCGUCGCAUCGCAAAAACGACGUCGAAACACAAUGCGAGACGCAAAAAUUUCAUCGGAUACGACCUACCCACGAUACCCACUGAACGCUAGCGCGUCGCCGCGUCGCACUCUUACGACGCAACAGAAAUUUCCACGAUACGCGGCCGGUCGUAGAUUUUUGCGAUGCGACGCCGCAACGCAGUAUAGUAGAUUCGCCCUAAAAGGCGUGCCGUUGCAGUUAUAGUUAAUAGAAAAUAUAUUACUCCAGUUACUAAAUGGUUAGUAACAAUUCUGAUCUUAUUAUAAGCAAUUUUAUUAUGUAAUCUAUAAUAAAUAUGAAUUGUUUUCACAAACAGUAGGUGAUUUAAGCAAUUUUCUUUUGUUAAAAUUGUGAACUAAGUGUUAACAUAUUUUUAAAUGCUGAGAGCAUUAUAGCAAACUGUUUUAUACAUACAUACUAUUUGUGAAGCAACCAUUUAGUGUAGUGAGGGGGCGUUCAAGUAUUACGUAACCCAAUUUUUUAAGAUUUUUUAUUCUUCAUCCUCCUAUUUUACUUUUUUUUUUAAUAAUAUUUUUUGAUGUUACGUAACUUGUUGUAAGAAAGACCCCCUUUCGCCGCACGAACGCCCCCUGGCCUAUAUUCAACCCAUCGUAUGUACAAGAAUUUAUGUUAAGUGAAUCUGUUCAAAUAAUAAAUACCUAUGCCUAUGUUAAGUUGAACUCAUAGAAAUAAACUAUAUUUUGAUAUCUAGUACAAUUUGUCUGAUUGUUAUGUAUUGUUACAUAGUUUAAGGGACUGAUGUACAUUUUAUUCAAUGCAUUAAGAAGCUUCAUAAUAAAGUUUAUUUAUUGAUUCAAGAGAAUAAA